UGUUACCAGCAGCCGACACCUCCCGUCAUGCAUCACGACUCUGUGCGCGAAACUUUUGCACAGACUGACAAUACGGAAGUUGGAGAGAAUUCAAUUGCCUAUCAGUGCGAACCGCCGGUCCAAGCCUCAUUAAAUCCGUCAUGACAAUUGUGUCGGUUGUAACGACAACGAUUAUAUAUAAGUUAACUUAAUGAAGAGGCUCGACAGGCAAUCACGGACAGCCCCAGCGAAAACAUGUUUGUCGUUAAUAUUAUUCUAAUUUUUUAUGGAUGUGUAACUUUAAUUUGUUCAGUUAAUGCUGUUACAAUGCACUAUGAAAUGCGGAUGUGCAUGAUAGCAAAACAAUCACUGAGCGACAGACCAGUGGGACCUGAAGGUAUUUUUGGGGAUUGCAAAUGUUUUCGACCAGAAGAGGGCUGUCCAAAGUUUUGGUUUCGACAACCCCGAAACGUAUGCCCCGGGGAAACAAGGGUCAUCGAAGUUCCAGAAACGUAUACAGAUUACGAAAUUUACCAAGAAGAGCGAAUAAUCUGGAAGGAAGUUCACAACCAGGGAGUGGUCGAUGUACCCGUUGAAACAUACAAGGAAGUAAUGAUACGACCAGCGAUAGAAACCAAAACCUACGAAAAACAGGUGCGUCCUGUUUCCUUGGUUCCAGGGAAGAAUUCACCCUCUGUGCCAGCUGUGGCCAUGUCAGCACCCGUCGCUGUUCAUCGUAAGGUGGAUCCACCAGUGGUUGGGGUCGUCAAGAAGACCGAGAUAAGAAAGCAACCCAUUGUGAAGACCAUGAGAAAACCCAUUAAGACAUACAUCACCAGGAAAAGGCCAGUACAGAAAGUUAGAAUACACUACAAGAAAAUAGCGAUCGAACAUAUAAAUUGCUGUCCCAACUUGAAGUUUUGGUUCAUCGAUUUGCCUGUGGUUGUUGAAAACAACGAGGCAUAUGAUCCGAACACUAGAGACGUGGUUCGGAAGUAGAUAGGACAAAUUCUGUCUCCUAUAACUUUUUUGUGGUGAUAGUAAAGCCACUUGGCCAACACUCCAAUUUUGUUUAUCUUUCUGAAUUUAAACUGCACAGAGAAUAGCAAGAAAGGCAACCAAAUUUUUUCAACGCACGUAAUAUCGUGUAAAUUUAAUUGAAUAUAUAUUUUCGGUAACAAAUUUGGAAAAUAAUUUCGAAAUCGUGAAAAAAAAAUUACACAAGAAAAAAAAAAUAGUCAGCUUACUGUUUAAAUGUUAUUCGGUUUUAUUGGUUUCUUUGUCAAGGAAAGGUGUAGCUAAUAAAUUGAAAGCUCUUGAAACAACUGCGAGAUAAUGUCUAUUCGUAUAUCCUCCUUGAUAUAUAUAUGCAUUCACCUUAUAUGUACUAGUCCCUUAUUGUUCGUGCUUUUCAUUGUAUCUGGAAGAUUCAUCCAAUUGUAAUGUCGAUGAUCUAUUCAAAUUACCAUUUAGUUAAAUAUUAUCCACACAGGGUAUAUUCGUAUUCCGGUCUUGAAAGUUGAUUCAGCAUGUCCACAUUAAUUGAUAUAUUUUAGCACUGUAAUCAAAUACCACAUUGUAAGUGACCAUUUCAUGUAACAAACGUCUAUUUAUUUGGUUUUAGUUAUGUACAGAACUCAUUGCCCCAUCAUCUAAAUAAACAAAAUGCUGUAUUUUUGAA